CUUAAUCAAGUCUAUAAAAAUAUUAAUAUAAAAUGUUACUCAUUUUUAUCUGAAUGUUUCAUGACAUUUCACCGAAAAAUACAUGAUUUUCUUCAGGAUUAAAGUCUAGAGAAUAUGCUAAUGGAUGAUAAACCAUGGCUCUUGAUGUGAUACAAGUAGAAGGCUGUUAUGUUUCUUCAUGUUUGCCUAAGGCUCUCUUUGUGCCAUCACCGUCAUCAUUCCCCAAAAGCAAGAGGGAUCAUGUGCAUUCUUCAGAUGUUUUAUAUUUCAAGCCAAAAAAGAAAACUAUUGAUACUAAAAAUGCAACGCCUAGUAUUGCUGAUAAAGGACUUCCUGUAGCUGGUCGCCAGCAUCUUUCAGUCCAGACUGAUCUGUAUCUAGAAGAAUUAUGUGAUGUUAUUGAAGAAGCUGAUGCACAAUGUGAAACUGAUCCUCUUCUUGAUAGACCUCCAUCUCCUCUUUUUGUACCUGCAAAAUCUGGUCCAGAUGUAGCUACUCAAAUUUAUCCGGGUGAAUUGUUUGAUUUUGAUGAAGAAGUAGAGCCUAUACUGGAAGCUUUAGUUGGACAAACUUUAGAACAGGCUUUGAUUGAAAUAAUGGCAGAAGAGGAAUUAGCAGUUUUAACAGAUUUACAAAUAGAUUAUGAAGCAAAAAGAAAUGCUGAAGUAGCAGAAGUAAAAAGACUAGAGGAACAAGAAAGAAGAUUAUCUGAAGAAAAAGAAAAGAGAAUCAAAGAACAGGAAGAAGCUGUUUUACUUGAAGAUGAGGUGGCCAAAAAAAUUGUGGCUUGCAUUUUCUCUCAGAAUUAUUUAUCUGAACUUGUACCUCAAGUGUAUAAAAAACUUGAGGCUGAAGGCUAUUUUGAAGCAGAAGAUCCAGAAAUGUUAGAAAUUGAAGAAUCCUUUUGGCCCUGGCUGAUGAAUGAAGUAGACUCUGAAAUAGCUACACUAGAAGCAUCUUGUCACUUGUUAGAUACUCUCAUUGAUGACACUGUCCAGGAUAUAGCAGAAACAUCUGUGAUUCAACCAAACACUAUAAGAACUGACGAUAUUACACAGAAUACAGAAGAAAUAACUGUAAUUCAACCAGAAACUAUGGAGUCUACAUCUGAGGAGGUAGCUGAAGAUGCAGAAGUAAAUGAAAACACAGAACCAAGAAGUAGUUCCAGUGAAAAGAAUGAAACAAUUUAAUGAUGUUAAAAUUUUUAUCUAUAUAGCAUUUGAUGCUGUCUGUAAUACCACUAAUACUGUAAAGAAUUUUUUAAACAAUAUUUAUGAAAAAUACAUUUUUAUUGAAAUUUGUACAG